AUGGAUUCUUCUGGGUGGCCUGUCGGGGACCAUGGCGUUCAUACCACUACGGCCGAAGAUGACUUUCAGCAAUAUCUGGACAUGACCAACAUGAACAACCUGGCAGAGGGCAUCGACUACAAUUUCCAAGGUUUCCAGUCCUCUGCCGGCGCGCACAUGCUGCAGGUUCCCGGGCGCGAGCAGUUGGACACCCCAAUGACAGGAAGCGAUGCACCUAUGCUCCUAUCACCAUCGAUGCCAGCGAUGCAGCAUCAGGUGCCGGCCAUCACAACAACGGGGGGUCCCUACCAGUCUAUACCCACCACCAUGAUGCCGCCUCCAACACCAAGCGAGACGAUUGUGAACAGCAUUGACGCCCAAAUUCACUUUCUUCAACAGCAAAAGAUGCAGGCUCAGCAGCGGCAGGUGGAAGAACACGCAGCCUUCUUUGCUCAUCAGCAACAGAACCGCAUGAUUCCACCGACACCACAGAGUCUGGAGAUGGUUCCAGCUGCCAACCCUUUCUAUGCCCAGCGGAAUGCCACAGAACCACAGCAGCAACACCCGCACCCACACCGAACACAACACCCACAUCAACAGCAGCACCCACAGCAGGCCGUAGACUAUAGGUAUCAGAGAGCGAAGGACCAGUCUGAUGUUUGUUCAAGUCCGUAUCCCGGAUCAGCCAACAGGUUUGCUGACGGCGUUCAGAUGUCCUUCACCCCGUUGGUUUCACCCGCCGUCACGCCUUUGGACACCCACUUCUCGGUCGAAUCCCAAUUUACUGUUCCGGGGGCCUACUUUAGCCCACUAACGUCACCUGCCCUGCACGCCCAAACAGACCCAUUGGCCAUGUUUGAGCAAAGACAUGGACCCCUGACAACCAGCUCGCCCACGGAUAUGGAUCUCGACGCCGUUGGAGGGACCAUGUCGAUCGGCACACCGGGAGACCUGGCCAAGAAAAUGAGGAAGAAUGCGGCCAAGGCGAGGGCAAAGGCGGGCGUGAAGCAGUCGCCAAUUUCGAAGCCCCUCAGGAAACGACUGGCAACCACACCAAGCCUCAACUCACAAGCUCUGAGUGACUUGAUGGAGAAUGCAGAGCAGGGUCAAGACCAUCAACCGUUGCCUACAUCCAUGAUGCACAACUCAUCUUCAUCGACCACAACCGGGCCGACAGAUUCAGAGGAUGGCUCGAUAUCACCAGAAGCCUUGAAUCAUACGACACCCAUCGAGACUGAGAUGCCACCGCCCCCGCUCCCCAAACCACGAUCUGCGAAGCCCUCUCCUUACAUUGCACCUCAAAAUACCGGAUCAGCUCCGGUCAUUGCUCUUCAACCACCCAGGCCUGGCGUGGCAUCACCUGCCACACCAGCAUCUCUGAUGAAACUCAGCUCGCCGAGCACCCACACCACCGUGGCUGGAGCUAGCAGGGCUGGCAGCCAUGAAGUGGUCGAUACCGAAAAUAUCGAGCUAUUUGAGUUGCCUGAAUCCGUUUCCAACGUGAAUGUCCCACCCAGCCACGCCAACGACACCCCGACACCAAAACAAGCCCCUCAAGAUGCCGGACCAUCCAGAACACCAUCUCUUGCACCUUUGCCAUCACCUUCACUGGGUCCCACUGUGGUAAGGCCGUCGGGAACAGUCUCAGCCACAGCAAGCCCACAGCUGGGACCUGGUUCGGGAUAUGGAGCGAAGCGGACACCACAGCUCCUCCCAAGAAAUAGCAAAAAGCGGGGGAGUGUCAGCUCGAUUCCUGUCUCGCCGGCUCUUAGGCCCAAGAUCUCGAUUUCACCCAACAUCAAACCAUUGCUGCCGGGCGGAGCAGACCUUGAGGAGACGGCGUCACAACUUCUUGCCAGCAAAUCCAACUACCAGCGGAUCCUCGAGGGAAACACAGUGCCCGGUGUGUCAUACCCCAGCGAGCUCUCCACCAAUCUCACGUCCAAGCGGACAUCUCACAAGAUUGCCGAGCAAGGUCGGCGGAAUCGGAUCAACUCGGCGUUACAAGAGAUUGCCACCUUGCUGCCAAAGCCACCAAAGGACAGUGAAGGGGAAGGCAGCAGCGAUAAUAAGAGUAAGGAUAAAGAGAAGGAGAAGGAGAAGGAAAGAGAGAGGAAUGGCGGUGCGCCAAAUAGCAAGGCGAGCACAGUGGAGAUGGCGAUUGAGUAUAUCAAGCAGCUCCAGCAGCAGGUUGCGGAAGCUAAUAAGCGGGCUGAAGAGGCCGAGAAGAAGCUGGCCGAGACUGGGGGUGCCUAA